CUUUAAAUGUCUCUUGUGUUGGUAUUUGUCUUCCACAAUUGUCGUGUCAGAACAGCCACAGAGUUGUGGAUAAAUGUGUACAGACUGAGAGACACAGAUAACUCAGCGUGAGAACUGAGGAAGUCGUUUCCUCUCUUCUAUCUUUAUCUGAUGCCUCAGUCAGUCAGUCGUCUAAACGCCUCGACAUGAACAUCUUUCAAGAGUCCUGCUGCUCCAUUUUAGCAGUUCUCCUGCUUUUCCUUCUCCGGGGGUCACGAGCUGCAGAAGUUCAUGUGCACAAAGCUGUCGGAGACUCACUGGAUUUAAUCGCUGAUUAUCCAAAAGAAGGUCUUGAAGUGCAGUGGAAAUAUAAUGGGAAUGUUUUUGCUGAGUAUGACAAAGAUCAGAUCAAACAGAUCGAACGGGCGGAUCCUCCAUUAUUUCUUGAAAGGUUAAAGAUGUAUAAGGACAAUAUUAGUAUAACAAUAUUAGACCUGAAACUCCAGGAUUCUGGAAGCUUCUCUAUUGUUGCAGAAGCAAAAUCAGGUCCACUUCCAACAAAAGUCUUUGAGCUGCACGUUCAUGAUCUCAUCAGAGAUGUCCAGAUCGAGGUCGAUGAUUCCUGGCUGGAGUCAAAAAACAUCUGUGUGUUUCAUCUUCGGUGUCUGGCGUCCGGCGAUCUGAGUCCCUCCUACAGCUGGAGUGGAGAUCCGGUCCAGACCGGACAGAACCGGAGCAUCAGCCUCCGUCCAGCAGAGAGCGCUACAGUCUCCUGCACCGCCAACAACACCGUCAGCAUCAAGCGCACUAACCGGACUGUAGUGUGCACAGGGAAAUCUGAGUAUUCAAGGUUUUGUGUAAAAAGUUGAAUACUUAAGUAGUAAUAAGGAUUAUAUCAUUAAAAAUUGUAUAUUUUAAAAUAAAUAAAGACCAUUUAGAAACAGG